UCCCCUUACCAAAAUGUCAACUUGUUUGUUUUGGAAAGCGGAAGAUUGAUUAUGAAUAAUGUCUCGAAGAUUUAAAUCAUACCUGAAUAAUUUUGAAAUGAAAGAAAAAGGGAAAGCGACAUUUCAAUCUUAUAUAGACCUCAGUGAUGAUGAAAAUGAUGAAGAGGAAGACGAAGAAGUUGAAAAAGUUGCAUCUGCCUUUUUUGACAACUUACAUGAGCCCAAAAAGUUACAGGGUGAGCGUGUCAUUGCUGGGGCAGACAGUGUGCUCAUGUUUGCUCCGUUCUCCAACAGAAAGCAAGGCAUCUCAGGGCACUUGUUUGUUACAAACUUCAAAAUUUCUUUUGUAACAGCAGAUAAAUCUUCUUAUCCAGAUGGAGAUAAUAACCGCACCCCUCAGAGAAAUAAACUUCUUGAAAAUACAGACAUUCCCCUGACAUGUGUAGACAACAUAUAUCAAGUAAGUUCUGGAGCUCGGCGUAAAAAGCUGAUACCUGGAACAAGUGUGACCACCCCCACAAAAUACCUGGAAAUACAUUGCAAGGAUUUUCAAAUUCAUGUAUUUGGAUUCAAAUUUACUCCUAAGGACCAAAAUAAACAGGUGACCGAUGCAGUAGUCCAUUUUUCACAUCCAUGUAAAGAUGAUUUGCUCUUUGCUUUUGAAUUUGGACACAGUAGUCGUUUUGAAGAGCACCAGUCACCUCAGUUUAUGGAUAAGGAAGAUUGGGACAGAGAGAUUGAAAGAUUGCAAUGUCAGACAAUGUGGAGAGUCUGUGAUGCUAACUAUGGAUACCAGAUCAGUAAUGUUCUCCCAGAGUAUUUUGUCACUCCAAUAAAUUUACUGAAUGCUGACAUAAUAAAAGCUUCUGCUCAGUUUGUUGAAAAACGGGUUCCUACAUGGUCAUACACAUAUGUAAAUGGUGCAAGUCUCAUACGAAUGGCUCACAUACUUCCUGAAUCUGAUUUCAAAAUUCUUGAAGAAAAAAUCCUCUGUGCAAUCAAGGAGUCCAGUGGUAAUGAGAAGGAUCUUACAAUUGUGGACCUGGGUCGAAUGUGUCCAUCUUUACCUGAUAUCCGAGCAAGUCUUGAGAAAUUAAAAUCUAUUAUAAUGACAGAUUCCGCAAAAGACUUCUACAGUACAGACUCGCGCUGGCUGACUAACCUAGAAAGUAGCCAGUGGCUGCAGCAUGUGUCAGCCUGUCUCAAUGUUUCCAACCAUGUGGUCAAUCAGAUCAUAAGAGACUCUGAGACUGUUGUGCUCAAAGAAGAGACAGGCAGUGACCUGACGUGUGUGGUGUCCUGUCUGGUGCAGCUCCAGCUUGACCCUGAGUACAGAACAAUCAAUGGCUUCCAGUCUCUGGUGCAGAAGGAGUGGGUGGUCAUGGGACACCCUUUUCAGAAGAGGCUUCAUUUAGUCUGGAGUCCUGAACCAGCAGCAGAACUGGAGCAGUCUCCUUUGUUUUUACUUUUUCUGGAUUGUGUGUGGCAGCUCCUGCAACAAUUCCCUUCAUCAUUUGCCUUCACUGAGACCUACCUGACCACCUUAUGGGAUACUGUAAACAUUGGCUUGUUUGAGACAUUUCUUUUCAACAGCUGUUGGCAUCGAAAAAAAUUCUUAAAAGAGGGCAGAAAAAUGACAAUCAUCUCUUUACCCAGUGCUUGGGACUGGAAGUUUCAACUUGGAGAUGAACAGCUGCUUCUCUUCAACAACCCUCUUUACCUGUUACGGACAUCGUAUAACCUUGACCACGUUGUUGAUAGCGCAAAGACAGCCUUACGAUUGUCAGGUGAAAAGCUGCGUGAGAACUGCUACGCCCUACUGUUGGGUAAUCCGCCGCCCACAGCCGAUGUGUUUGCCCUACAGGAGACCAUCCUCAAGCCUGAGGUGACUCCGAGCCUGAUCAAACUCUGGUCACAGUGUUUUCUGCGAUGGAUAGUACCAGCACAGAUUGUCGGGGGAGGCAACCCCUCACAGUACAUGCAGCAGUGUAUUCUUGCUGAAGAGGUGGUCUGCCUGAAGCACAAGCUCCAGUCACUCACCCAACAGUUGCAUGAGCUGUCACCGCACCAGCAGUCACAAAAUGGAAACCUGAUGCAGCCACAGUCACGCCUUAAAAACCCCCGGCCACACAGCGGGCUUUUGUUUGGGUCUUCUGGUUACCAAAGCAACCAGAAACAGUUGUCCAGUGUGUACAUCACCUCCUCGUUCCCCUUCAGCUCUGGUGUCUCCCAGCACACCCAGCAUUCACUUAUCUGUGGGCCGCUCUCAAGGUACCUGAAGGACACUGAGAUUGAUCAUGACUAUGCCAAGGAUGAUGAAGAUUGAAGUUUUUUAGAAAUCACAAGAGACUGGCAAUCAGAAAGACAAGAAUAAAGAAGACUGAAUUUUUUUUUUAGUAAUCACCAAAACUGGCAAAUCAGACAGGAUGAUGAAGAUCAAAGUUUUUGAGCGAGAGCUAGAAAUUCGACCCAUUAAGAUACAAAUGUUUCUUGAUCUUUGCUUGGACCUUUUUAGUAAAGUCACAGUGGAUAGUUUGAUGUUGUUGUUUUUUUUAUGAACAAACUGUACAGUAGAUACAGGUUAUAAUGAAAUGCUGAUCAUGUGUUCAUAUUGUUUCCUGUUUUAGUUCAAACACAGCUGAAGCUUAUUUUGAACAGUUUAACCAUACUGCUUUAGUUUUAGAUGGCUAUACUUGGUACAAUACCUGCAUUUGUACCUUAGCUGUCAUCACAACUUUUGUGUAUUCAGUUAUAAACAGUAUUUGUUUAGAAAUACCCAAUUUUUCCAGUCUAUUCUGCUUAUUUUUCAAUGUUAUUUGUUGGCUACUAGCCUCAAUAUCAUUGAUGUCAAAUAUUAACCCAAUAAUUCCCCCUCACAAGGUAAUUGCAGUUAAAACUGGAUACUUUUGUUUUUGUAUUGUUUUACCUGAGUUGUUUUACAUAAUUCAAACUGACAUAAUCACCUGUUGAUCAUACAUGGCCUAAUUGCUCAAUGCGCAAAGAGCAAUUGAAAAAGAUUGUUUUAUUGCUGGCGAUUAUAUCUUCAGCAUAUCUAACAAUGAUUGUGUUAAAAUGGUCUUUUGUGAUAUUACAGAAUGUUCCAAUGUUAUUUAAUGUUUUGUUAGACAUGAUUCUAUUCUUCAUAUGUGUACAGAUUGUUAGACUGUUGUGAUAUGUAAACGUUGGUUCUUAUCCCUGGUGAUAACUGCCUCUACAAAGCCACAUCUCCUGCAUUGAAGAGUUCUGGUGCUUAGGAUGGGUGUUACUGUACAACUGCUGGUUUUUUUUUUUCUUUUCCCCUUCCCUCCUAUGUAAGAGCCUUUCUAGUGCUCAUAUUACAUUUAAUGCAAUAAAAUAAUUUCUAUUUAUUUCAUAAUAAUGUCUGCGUGUAUGUUAUCUUACGAGUAUUUAUAAUUGUACAGUUGUUGUUUUUCUUCUGUACAAAGUAUGAUUUUCUAGAAAAUUUCCAGUUAAAAUGUGAGAUGUAAAAUAACAAAUGUGACUAUUUUUUAUACCCAUUGAAUUGGCUCUAUUAUUUAGUAAGAAUGAAGCAAAACAGAAACAUUAAAUUAUAUUCAAUUUCUUUCUAAAGAAUUUUUACAGAAAUUAAAUAUCUUAAAUAGAACAAAUUGAUUCUAAUUGUAUAUCUUUUAUAAUGCAUUUUACAUAAAAAUUAGUUAGUUUCCUUAUGCCUCCCAUUGAGUGUUAACCACAAGUGAUCAUCACCCAUGCUAGACAUUUUCACGUUUCUAGAAAAAAAGUUUUAAAAAUUAAACCAUUCACAGCACCUGUUAUUUUAAAAGUUCAGUUAGUGAUGAUGGUGUGCCUUAUUUUUACCUAGUAACUUCACAAGCUGUCCAUAGACAGGUUUUUAAAACCAAAUGUUUGUCUUAUUUUCAUAGUGCAUAUGUUGAUUGCAGCUUUAUUGUAGCUGCAAUAUGUGCUGACCAAGUAUAUUUUUACGUUUUGGAAUGGCUGAUUUUGAAUUCUUAAUGAACAACCACCUGUGUUUAUUUUCCACGUUCACCAGUGUUGCACUCUUUCCCUUCCAAUAUUAUUUGUAAUAUUAAUAACCUUCUUUCUCUAGAUUUUUAUGUAACUAUGCCUCAACAUCAGAUUACCUUACUCCCAUUUUUCUUAUGCCUAUAAACCCCUGUAUACACAAAAUAUAGUGGUUAGCACAUUAUUUUGUUUAGUAAACAUUUAUAACUAGUUCAACUUGUAUUGUAGAACAUUUUUUUUUAUUGUUUAUUUGUGAAGUUUUCUAAUCUUUACAGAAUAUAUUAUCUUCGAACCCCUGUCUGAAAAUGGCAGUAUUUAUAUUCUACUUAAUAGUACCAUUAUAAGGUACAAUCGGUAUUUUAUUGUUGAUUUUAUUUUAUAAUCGUUUUAAAAUUAAAUUUUUGUUGAAUAUGGAAUACUAUAUUGCACAUCAAUACAACCCAAGUUAUUCUUUGUUACAUUAUUUAUUAUCCCAUUGAAUUGAAUAAACAACUUCCCUCAA